AUGUCGUCAACGCUAUCCUUCGCUCUGCGCCGUUCCAUCGGUCUCUUCUCACACCACAACUCGGUUCUCCGCACGCAGAGACGGUUUGCCCGCGUGCAUGACGUCCGCUUCGUUGCGACUCAGAACAAAAAAGAGCAGAUACUUGAUAGGUAUAGGGAGAAGUUGGAACAAAAGGCGAAGUCGGAGGGACAUGAUUCGAUCUCAUCACUGAAGGAAGCGUAUAAGGAUAAGGUUGAGAGUUACAAGAGCGCGAAUCCUGUACCUUUACCGACUGCAGCAAGUCAACCCCAGGCGACGAACCACUCGCCCUUCCAGCAGCCUCCGCCACCACCGCCUGCACCCCAGUCUACAUCUCCGUCACAAGCUGGAAAUGCCCCUGCGACGCAGUCCUCCGGCGCGCCGGGCAUAAGACCUCUUUCCUCAUACCUCGACCUCGGAAAGGUCUCCUCUCUACCAAACAAAGAGGUAGAAUACAUUUGGCGGCUCCGUCAUGCCAACGACCCCUUGUCUCUCUGCGCUGUCAUUCCUCUUGAAAUAUACAACCGUAUCUACCGCACCGCGCGGCGACACCCGCAGUUCGUCCUGCCCCUACCGCGACCUGUGGCUGAGGAUGGAAGCGGCGAUGUGAAACAAGCAGACCAAGGCUUUGAAAGCGGCGCGGCAAGAUCCGCGGCGGACAUCCACUUUUUGCAAUGGGGAUUCCAUCCUCCCGCAGCUACCCGGUCGAACCCAGUCGCCAACACUGCCAACACGCAUACGAGCACUGUGCUAUUCACGCAUUUGGCGGCAUUCAAGGUGCAUGGCACAUAUGCACAGCCACAUACGACCAUUACACACCAUCUUGACCUUGCUGACUCCCACGGCCUAGUCCUGCUGAACGGGUCGGUUGUCAAAGGGCGCGGUGUAAGCGUUGAAGAAGGCCGGUGGCUGUUGAUGUGCCUGCAAAAGUUUUAUGACUAUGAAGGCCAUGGUGGAGGUAUCGGGCGCGAGAAGCGGCAGGGACUGUUGGAGAAAUUCAGCAAGGGCGACCAGGGCUUCGACCUGGAAGAAUUGGUCGACGAAGCUGAAAGAGUCUCGUGA